AUGCUGAUGCUCUGGCUCUUAUGCCUCGUGAUACUAUCUCCAUGCGUAACAAUAGAACAAACACCAGCAGAGAUUGUCGACACUGCAAUCAAUGCUUUAUCGGCAGCGAAUAACAGAUCAGGAGAUGCUUUAUUGUCUUUAAAUGAGUUCGGACCUAAACUGACUUCCCUCAUGAAAGCAUAUGUCCCCCUCGGAGCACUUAUGUAUAAGGCGACUAAAAAAAAGCCGGAGAGCGCCGAGUUCCGAGCUCUCAUGGACUUCCGCGCCCGAGCAGAAAAAAUAUGGAAAAUACAGGAAAAACGAGCUAGAACUGCGACUAGAACUGCGAAAAUCUUAAACUCGGAAUAUAUAAGGACUGUGAAAGAACUAAUUCGUUUCAUGAAGUCGUCCGCCGACCGCUAUCUGAAUCCUGACUAUAAAAAAAUGGGCUAUCAAAUAAGCGAAUUUGAGUCCGACUGUAUGCGUGAAACCAUACAGUUAAAAGUUCGUUUCAAUUUUCUGCUGGAUUACUGUACAAGCAUCUCACAUGAGGAGGCGCAGCAACUUGCAGAUCAUCGUAGAAACUUGAUGAAUGCGUUUCUACGAUUUCGAGUGAAAGGGAACGAACCUCUUCCAGAUAUUGAACUAUAUAUAAUGGAAUUCAUCGACAUAGAAGAAGAAUUCCUUCGUAAAUUCAAAUUUGUUUCACAGGAAGAUAUGGGUGUCUACCAUAAUUCUUUCUUUAGUUAUCACGAAGCGAUCGAGGCAUAUUUCAAUGAAAUGCGAUAUAAAGGAUCGAUUAUUAAAAGGGAGUACUUUGAGGACGGGUGUCAAGUACGUGAGCUGCUGAGAAAGUCGAAUUUCAAUUAUACCUAUGUUGAGGCGUUCGCUACGGAGUUUAUGAGUGAGCUGCUCGAUUUGACAUUUGUCGAGGCGAUUUGUGAUAAUGCUCUACACAACAGUACGACUGAACUCUCUGGUUUCAGAUUACUGGGUGAUAUGAUUAAAAUAUCCUCUUUCACCUCAAACUGGCUGAACAUGUCACUGGAUUCCGCCUGGCCGUCGGCACACGUUGGAAUUCUAGAAGAGCAAAUCAAGAGAGCAGUGAAGAAGCCUGGAGAGGUUACCAGAGAGAAUUUGAAAAUGGUAGCUGAGAAAACACAUCCACUACUUUUGAAUACUGGAACGCAAGGCUAUGGUUACGAGUUUGUCGUGAUCGAAGCAACCGACAAAAACUACGAAUUCUUCUUCGAUGACUUCGGACACCACAACCAUUGCGUGUACAACAGAGGGGACUACGGUUUCGACACGGUUAUCGGUCGUAUACUUCUCAACUCAACGGAUCGAGAUUUUACUGUUGCGGAGAAAAUCUUUCGAAAGGGAAAACAGGCUGAAAAGUUGAAUGAGAUAAUUCAAUCGGAAAUGAGCAAAAUCUAUGCAGCGAAGACUCUCCCACUGAUUGUUGACACUUUGAAAAAGAAAAUUGGAUCAGGAAUUCUCAAGGAGUUCCAAUGUUGGGCGGUUGCACGUGAAUGGUCUUAUUUUCCUUGUCCCACUAUUGAUUAUUGGGCGUCCCCAUUUAUUGUUAGCAAUUUGGAGAGUAUUACGACACUAAGUUAUCGGAACAAAGGACGUUUUUAUCAAUAUUGUCAAGAAUUUCGAUUCUUUUUCUUUGCAUAG